GUUUUUGCACAAGCGCCGUCAACAUGGAUUGCGGUAUCGUGUCCAUAAUUUUUUGACUAUGUUCCUCUGAGGUUGAUGGCAUUUUGUCAGAAAACCAGGCAGGCUUUCGCAGUUACCGGCGGGCGAUAGAUAAUACGCUGGCGCUACGGAUCGCGAUCCAAAACCACAAAGAAAAAGGCGGGCAAGGAAAUGCGCGCGCUUUUCAUCGACCUUGCGCAGGCGUUCGAUACCGUCCCGCGCACGCUAAUCGCGCAAGCGAUGCAGCAUUACGAAACGCCGCAACACACGCGGGGCCGGUUUUGGGCCCUGUACGACGGGCACAGUUUCGCGGUAAAAAGGGAGGGCGAGCACAGCAGCAAAACCGAAACCAAAACAGGCACAAAACAGGACUGCCUGCUGUCUCCGUUGAUUUUCAACUUGUGCCUCCAGUACGUUUUAGAUAGAGUGGACUUGGGGGAGGGGCUACACUUUACGCGCGGCAGACUCCUGGACGCAAGCGAAAGCCUGCACACCAUGCAGCUAGGCCAUCUUCUGUACGCCGACGACCUUGCAGCUUUUUCGCAAUCUCUAGAUGAGCUGAAAGCCACAACAAAAACCCUUUGCGAAAAACCCGCGGGCUUCGGGCUGCAGGUGAACUUCAAAAAAGCGAAGCUCAUGAGUUUCAACACGCCGCACGACCAAAGCGUAGCGGUUUUAGAAGUAGAAGGAAGUAAAAUCGAGCGGGUCCCCGAGUUCUCGUACUUGGGCUCGCUCAUUUCCGAGGAUGGCCUGGACGAAAA